AUGUCAUCAAUUCAUGAGUCAAUUUAUGAGCCAAGCCCAAUUAUUGAAGCCAUAGAAAAUGGCCUUGACCUAGACGCCAUCAAAGCGCUCCUCGCGGCGGGAUACAACGUCAACUAUUCGAGCCAUAUUUAUGGGAGGCCGCUGAUGACGGCGUGCUCGCAUGGCUCGCUGUCAGAGCGGCUGUCUGUAGUGGAAUUGCUUUUGAGACACGGCGCCGACCCCAACAAGGGCAUUAGCGGAGGAUUGUAUGAUUACAUAACGCCAUUGGCGCGGUGUUGUGGUGGGAGGUGGGGUUUCACGAAAGAAGAUGUGGUCCAAUUGUGUGAUUUGCUCAUCAGUUACGGCGCCUUCCUCGACUCCACGGACGGCGAUGAUAACGAGCGCGGCGGCCGGAGUCCCCUUAUGGUCGCGUCUAAUAAUGGUAACCUUGAUCUGAUGCGACUGUUGCUUGACCGUGGAGCGGGCGUGGACUGGUCGCCUCACCCUCGCUGGUCGAGACACCCUCGCCCGACGGUGUUGACGGAGUUGUGCAAAACUCAUGCUGAAGGAGUUGUGGGAGUCAAACCCGCCGUCGCGCAGCUGCUCAUCAGCCGCGGUGCCGAAGUUGACAAUGAAACUGGCCGUUGGACGCCGUUGAAAUACGCGCAAAAACAUAGGAGAACCUAUCCCGAGUCGGACCUGUAUGCGCUGUUCGACCCCCUCCCACCUCCGCCGCGCGUACGCCUCCGCACGCACUGGCGGCUUCGGAUCCUGUUCCACGUCGUCGGUCGGCGCGCCUGCCAUCCGCGCUCGAAGCGCCACGAACUCGGCCAAUGGCGCAUCUCCGACGUCGCGGCGUUCCUGCUACCGCGGGAGUAA